UACGUCACAGUAGAUUAUUAUCUUCUUCCACAGUGCAAAAACUGCAAGCAAGAAAAUAAAAUCCCAGUCUCCUCGUUUGAACCUCACGAACUUCGGCGACUGUGGAGGGUUUGCUUUGUGUUGAUUCGUGAAGCCUCUCUCAUGGAGUCGAUUGGCUGUAGUUUGAGUUCUUUAUCGCUUGCGCAAUUCAGGGCAACUAGUUUUUCGGUUCAGGAGCUGUUGUUCGGGCCUUGCCGGAGACCUUCAUCGCCGAUAGUUCAUGCAUCUGUGGCUCGGAGCUUUUCUACGUCUUGUCGAUCUACGGGGCUCCGGAAAUCUACUUCAAUCGCCGCUAGUGGCACCUUGAUGGCCAAUUCUGUACCGUCAAGUAAUGGUGUGUACACUGUUGGUGACUUUAUGACUAGGAAAGAGGAGUUACAUGUUGUAAAGCCCACAACCACUGUCGAAGAAGCUUUAGAAAUUCUGGUGGAGAAAAGGAUCACAGGAUUUCCAGUAAUUGAUGACAAUUGGAAACUGGUUGGUGUCGUAUCGGACUAUGAUUUGUUAGCACUAGACUCCAUCUCAGGUGGUGGAACAACGGAUGGAAGCAUGUUUCCUGAAGUUGACAGCACGUGGAAAACAUUUAAUGAGGUACAAAGUCUUCUAAGUAAAACCAACGGAAAGGUGGUCGGCGAUUUGAUGACACCGGUGCCUCUUGUUGUUAGAGAAAAUAGUGAUCUUGAGGACGCUGCUAGAUUAUUGCUUCAGACAAAGUAUCGCCGCCUUCCAGUGGUAGAUGCGGAUGGAAAGCUGGUUGGGAUUAUCACAAGAGGCAAUGUGGUAAGAGCUGCUCUACAGAUUAAACGGGCUGAAGAAAACAGGACAUGAUUUUCCUAUACUCAGAAUCAGUCAAUCUGCAUGCUGUUAGGUAUGAGGACUCUGAAAUGCAAUCAUACAAUUUUGGGUCAUGAUUGUAUUAAUGUACACAACACUUUGUAUAAAUGGAUAUGAUCUUGUUUUAACCAUAAAACUAAUAAAAACUGUGUUCUUAUCAAAAUAUACAAAUUUGUGACA